GAAUUUCAAGCGGUUGUACGACACACGGGAUCGGAUAAUCCAGACGCUUUUUUCAGACCGAAUAAGACCUUCUAGCUGAACUAACUAAAAGGAAAUAUUUAACGUACGUAUCUGUGCGUUCGCUGACCUAAUUGUGAACUCUGAACUUCCGAAGCAACCGAGUCUGCGCCUCGUCUAAAACCCCGUAUUUCUAGUGAAAAUGGCCGAGUGUUACAUUCGUGUGGCGGAUGAUGAAAACGGGGACCCAAUUGAGAUCCUAGCGGAGGAGGACAACUCCGUGCUGCUGUCGAAUGUUUCGGCACAAUUUCCUGGGGCCUGCGGCCUACGCUUCCGGAGCCCCAGUACCCAGUCCAUGCGCGGCGUCCGUCUGGUGGACGGAAUUCUUCAUGCUCCCGAGGAUGGAUGGCAAAAUCUCAUCUAUGUCGUCAAUUACCCAAAAGACAACAAAAGGAAGAUGGACGACAUGGACGCCGCCUUGGCCUCCAAGAUGAAGAGGGGCAACCACACAUCUGACCUGAUUGUAUUGGGGCUGCCGUGGAAGACCUCAGAGCAGGACCUGAAGGACUAUUUUGCCACCUUUGGAGAGGUAAUCAUGGUCCAGGUCAAGCGUGAUGCGAAGACCGGCAACUCUAAGGGAUUUGGAUUUGUGCGGUUCACCGAAUACGAAACCCAGAACAAAGUCAUGUCCCAGCGUCACAUGAUCGACGGAAGAUGGUGCGACUGCAAGCUUCCCAACUCCAAGGCUGGAAACGACGAGCCCAUGAGGGUGGGGAGGGUGUUUGUGGGACGUUGUACUGAGGAUAUCUCUGCUGACGACCUCCGCCAGUUCUUCAUGCAGUACGGGGAAGUCACUGACGUUUUUAUCCCCAAGCCUUUCCGCGCUUUCGCCUUCGUCACCUUCUCCGACGACCAGGUCGCACAGGCACUGUCUGGUGAGGACCUGAUCAUCAAGGGAGUCAGCGUGCACAUCUCCAACGCGGAGCCCAAGCGCAACAACAAUAGGGCAAUGAUGGAGAAAGCGGGGCGCUUUGGCAAUGACUUCGGCCAGGCUUUUGGCGCUAGCCGCGGCACAGGAGGCAGCAAUUCUAGCAACCUAGGUAGCUUCGGUAACAUGAACCCGGCCAUGAUGGCCGCGGCUCAGGCCGCUCUACAGAGCAGCUGGGGCAUGAUGGGUAUGCUGGCCAACCAGCAGGGGCAAUCCACCACCUCUGGCACCACCCAGACCUACAACUCAGGCAGCAGCAACUACAGUGCAGGCUCGACCGGGCUGGGGAGCUGGGGUAACGGGGCUAACUCCACUACUAGUAGCAGUGGGUUCACCUCCGGAUUCGGCUCUAGCAUGGGGUCCAAAUCCUCCUGGGGUAUGUAAGUGGGUUGGGGUGGGGGGUGGGUGAUGUGUUUGUAGUAGGCUAUGUGUGGUAAGUACCGGUAUUCAGAAUCCCCCCCGCCAUGUUGUAUGAGUAAAAAGAAAGGAAACAAAGAAAGGAAAAAAAUAUUGGAGGGAUAUUGAAGAUUUGUCCAGGAUUUUUUUAAAAAGAGUGUGACAUGAAUCAUUGUUAACCAGGGGGGUGAAGAAAACACACCAAUGGUGUCCUGUUAAUUUUAUUUUUGUUUUCUCUUCAGUUGUCAUUUCAACUGGAUUCUAAGAUGCAUGUAUUAUAGCAAAAGGUUCUGAGCAAAAAAAAGAUGCAUUACAAAGUUUAAACAUCGAACCCUUACUUAAGUUCUUACAAGUAUGUCUUUUCUUUAUACUGUCUUGCAUUGACCAGAAUCUAGUUGAAACUGAGAAAAUGUAUUACCUUUUUAAACAUGAGUGAUGGUGUAUGUAAGUGAGACUUGUAUGUGGAGUGCUUUGGGUGUCUUUGAAUCCCUCUGAGGUAAUUUUGCUCAGUGUUUUCUAUGACAUGUCAUUGAAGGGAGUUCUCUUAUAAAACAAAAUACACAUUGAUUUAAAAAGUGGUUACUUGCUCAUAUGAAAACUUUGGUUGAUUUUUUUUUGUUGUUGUCAUUUUUAUUGAAAGAAGGAAAGCAAAAUAAUAAAAAACAAAAUUGAAUUUCA